AUGGUUUCACAACAACAAUUUCGAAGGGAACUCGCUCGUGUAAGGUCCCUCAAACAGAGCCCGACCUUUGAAAGUGAUUCAGGAAAUAUGUCGACUAGAGCAGAUGAAAGCACGAGUCUGUUGGGCGCCAACGGACAUGGAAAUGACAGACGCAAGAGUAGCGUUCAUGAGUUCUUUCUUAGCAGGAAGCAUACACCAGGAACGGACAGCGACAGUGCCAUUGUUAGCUACUCGGCUUCGACAUGGCACGUAGGGAAGGUUACAUUGUAUAGUAGUUAUGUCAACGUCCUUCUGGUCUUUGUACCAUUGGGUAUAAUCGCAGGUCUCACACAUUGGGAUCCGGUCGUCAUCUUCACUCUCAACUUCUUCGCUAUUAUCCCACUGGCCUCCAUCCUUUCUUUCGCAACGGAAGAAAUAUCUAUGAAGUUGGGAGAAACACUCGGAGGUCUCUUGAACGCAACAUUCGGCAAUGCCGUGGAACUUAUUGUCAGCAUUAUAGCAUUGAAGCAGGGACAAAUCCGCAUUGUUCAAUCGAGUAUGUUGGGUAGUAUCUUGUCGAACUCUCUACUUGUAUUGGGAUGUUGCUUUAUAGCUGGUGGAAUCCACAAUACACGAACUGGCACAUCUAUGGGCAUCGAGCAGAAGUUUAACGACACUGUUGCAGGAACCAUGUCAUCCCUUAUGGUUCUUGCUGCAUGCGCUUUGAUUAUCCCUGCAACCCUUUAUUCUGUUCUCGCCAAAUCAUCAGCAGAUACUGAAUCCAACAUUUUGAUUCUCUCUCAUGGAACAGCAAUCAUUUUAUUAAUUCUGUAUUGUCUCUAUUUGUUCUUCCAGCUUCGAACACAUGCCAAUCUAUUCGAUGCUGAAAGCCAAGCAGCAGGUGAGGAGGAAGAAACACCACAGAUGAGCCCAUGGGCUGCCGCCGCUGUUCUCGUGAUUGUCACAGUCGCCGUAUCUAUUUGCGCUGAUUACUUGGUUGAUUCCAUCGACUCCAUCGUUGAGAGUGCUCAUAUUUCCAAAACGUUCGUUGGUCUUAUUCUACUCCCCAUCGUUGGUAAUGCCGCCGAGCAUGUCACAGCUAUUGUGGUUGCCGUCAAGGAUAAGAUGGACCUUGCAAUGGGCGUAGCCAUUGGAUCGAGUAUGCAAAUUGCACUUUUCGUCACCCCGUUCCUUGUGAUCCUGGGAUGGAUCAUGGAUAAGCCUAUGACUUUACAUUUUGAAACAUUCGAGACUGUGGUUUUCUUCUUGAGCGUCUUGGUCGUUACUUAUGUUGUUCAAGAUGGCAAGAGUAAUUAUUUGGAAGGUUGUAUGCUUCUUGGUCUUUACAUCAUAAUUGGCCUCGCAUUCUUGGUAUACCCAGACGCUCCUGCCGGGACAGGAGAAAUUGGAGAAAAUGUAGUCAGAUCAGUCAAGGCUUUGGCAGGAUAUUAG